AUGUUUGGAACUACCUUUCUUUUUGGUUUUAUAAACAACUUCAAAAUUGUUCCUAAUGUUUGCAAUUAUCAGGGACCAGCAAUCGUGAUUGUAUCUUGUGUAACCAAGGAUGAAAAACCAAAACCUCAUCCUCACUCUUUGGUUGGAAAAGAUUGUAAAAAAGGAGUCUGUACUUUGAAGGUCUUAAAUACUGAUUCAAUAUCAUUUGCAAAUCUUGGAAUUCAGUGUGUAAAAAAAAGAGAAGUUGCUGAGGCUUUAAAUGCUCGAAAAAGCAUCAAUGUUGAUCCUUAUCAGACUGGAUUCAGCCAUGCAAAAGACAUGAAUAUAGAUUUCAGUACUGUUCGCUUGUGCUUUCAAGUCUUUAUUGCUGAUAAAGAUGGAAACCUCAAAAGGCCUCUCCCACCUGUCUCCUCACAAAAUAUUAUUGAUAAGAAAGCACAGACAGAUCUAUCUAUAUGCAGGAUGGACAAGAGUUCAGGGAAAUCCACAGGUCAUGAUGAAGUUUUCUUACUUUGUGAAAAAGUUUCAAAAGAUGAUAUUAAAGUACGUUUUUUUGAGAAUGAUAAAGAAGGCAACUGUCUCUGGGAAGACUUUGGAAGCUUUGGACAUACUGAUGUACAUCGGCAGUGUGCAAUUGUAUUCCAAACUCCUGCUUACAAAGACCCAUUCAUUACAAAAUCAGUUUCCGUCUCACUACAGUUGUUUCGCCCCUCUGACCAGGCCUGUAGUGAACCCAGAGAAUUUUUAUAUCAGCCACAAGAUCCUGAUCCUGAUAGGAUAGCAAUAAAAAGAAAACGUAAAGCUUCAAAUUCAAAAUAUGACAGCACUACUUCAGAACCCCACACUCUGGACUCAAAUGAAAUAAAAAACCUUCUUCGAUUAAAAACGGUUCGAAAAACAGAAGCUGCUGGUUGCUCCUUUAAUGAAAAUACUGUGAAGCCUGAAGUUCCUGCUUCAAUACCUAUUUGUAGUUAUCAUAAUGAAGAUGGAUUAUCUAUUAGAGCAGAAGCCACUCAUGUUCCAGCACCACCCCCAGAUAGUUACCCAUUCUAUGAUGAUUUGUUAACUUCAUACAACCCCGUCCUUAACAGUGAAGCCGUUUCCUUCGCGUUUUCCUUCGCGUUUUCCUUCGCGUUCUCUGAACUCCGGUCCCUGAUCUGCGAUCUCUCUCGCUCUCUCUCUCCCUCUCUCUCUCUCUCUCUCUCUCUCUCUCUCCCUCUCUCUCUCUCUCUGCCGCUUCUCUCGCGUUCCGACGCGUUCUCAGAUCCUAUCCGUUCUGAUCUCCGAUCUCAUCUGCUCAAAAGCGUAGAGGCCGAUUAUAUAGAGAGAGGCGGAGCUAAACAGUUUUUAGUCACCGCCCACGAAUUUUAA